AUGCAUAUCGGUAAAGUAUGGACUACACUCUGCAUUCUUUUUGGUUUAAUGGCACAAGUUACCUGCUGUCAAAUUCGGGGGAAAAGUCCAAAUGACCUUGACAUUAUAUUGAAGAAUUUACAUGAAGAAUUAAAUUCGUUAAAUAUAGGAAGAAAAGAUUCCAAUAAAAUUGAAAAUAUUCGAGAAUCCAUUGCACAUGUACAUAUUGUUCAAAAUCAAACAAUAAAAGAAAAUUUAAGAGAAUUUUAUCAUGGAGAAAAAUAUAAACCAAAAGAUUUAAGACGAAAGCAAACACGAGCAAUGAGACGUUCAUUAACACCUAAAGAAGAAUCAAUAAGUUUAGCUAAAACACAAAAAAAGAAGCGAACUUUUCCUAAACGUACAUUUGCUGUUAAAGAUUAA